AUGGCACCGCUGGCAAGUGAAGCACCGGCUGUCGCGGAAAGCUACUCUUAUGCACUCAUGUACCUCGCCAACGAAGUCAGAGUAGACCCAAGCACAGCUGCCUGCGUGCUUAAAUCUGCGUCUCGGUCCACGUUCCCGCUUCUGCGUCUCCCACCGGAAAUCAUAUAUGAAAUCAUAAGCUUUCUCAGUCCAUCCGAACUUGCGAGAAUCCUGGCGCUAAGCAGACGCUUAAAAGCGAUUGUGGAACGAGUCCUCUACAGGGAUCUAGAGCCUAACACAACACGCCUCAUACCGUGUCUGAAGACGAUCGUAGCAUAUCCCAGCCGGUUACCUAUCCCUCCUGGGUCGUGCUCUCCACAAUUGAGAUCUUUGAGCACGACGCUCGCUUGGGAUGAUGACUUCGCUCGAUGGAUGGAGGAACAAUCCGAACUUAGUAGCGUCAUGUUCGGGGGAGCCCUGAUCAAAAAUGCCAUCCUUCCAUCCCGUGCACUUCCCGGUAUUUCACAAAUAUCUGCGACGCCGCUUAUAUUGUCUUCCCUUGUUCCCGGUCGUCCUGUUCGAGGCGUAGAAAUCUGCCUUUUGCAGCCGGAAUAUAUGAAUGACGAUAUCAUGCGGAUCAUAACGCAAAUUCUGUUAUUUUCGACCAAACCAAUAUCUUCAAUUCAGAUAAUCGCUCAUAUCGAAAGCACGACGGAGACUCUCAAGGCACUCAAUACAAUCCCUGAAAAUAUACCCAAGCUGGAUUCGUUUGCACUCCAUGUCGGACAUGGUCCUUUCACCGAUGAGUUCUUGCAAAACUUGGAUACUUUUAUGUCCGGAUUCGAGUAUCUGCGUUCCAUUACGUUCAUGUCUCGAAGCAUCGAAGGGACCACUCUCAGAUCAUGCCGCACUCGCCAAUUUGGCAACGGGAUGGCACAAGUUGUGCCCCACAUUGGAGUGCGUUUCCUUCCCCGGCAUAUCCUUGGUGCGCAAUGUGCGAUAUGGCUGGGUGACGCUGGAAGACUUAGAGCGCAUGCUCCGCGACCGGAAUGCUCUUGCACGAUGGAUGACAAGAUCCUAGUUGAAGAGGACGAACCGGAUGUGAUCGACAUGGUAAAGGACGCUCUUGGGUUUAGAUGA